AAAACUUCCUUGUUCCGUUAGGUAGUAAGUAUAAAAGAACGGCUUGGAGAUAUUGAAUAACACCGAAUAGUGCAAUGGAAGACAAAGCAAAGUUUGCGUACGCAGCCGACCUUAAAAAGUUUGCUUUCUUUGGAGUUGCGGUCUCAACCGUAGCUACAUUGAUUGCAAUCAUUGCUAUUCCACUUUUCUGUGUUCAUAUGCAAUCCGUUACAUCUGGCCUUUCUGAAGAGCUUCUCUUCUGCAAGUCUAAGAAUGUGUAUAUUAAGGGAGAAAUCGAACAACUUUCUGUUACUCGUGAAGCUGGAAGACAGAAACGUCAAACUCCACAAACUUGCUGUUCAUGCGGUAUUGGAGAAACUGGACCAGCUGGAGUUCCAGGACAAGAAGGAGCCCCUGGAAAUGACGGAAAAGCUGGACAACCAGGAGCACCAGGAGCUGACGCUGAUGAGCAAGGUUUCCAUUACAAGGCUCCAGAGUUUUGCUUCGACUGCCCAGCUGGACCACCAGGAGCCGUUGGAGGACCAGGACCAAAGGGACCACCAGGACCACCAGGAGGUCCAGGAGAGCUUGGAGGACCAGGACGUGGAGGAAACCGCGGACCACCAGGACCACGUGGGCCACCAGGAGAGGCCGGACCAGACGGAGAAGGAGGACGUCCAGGACAAGCCGGACAAACUCGCUCAGCUCCAUCUCCACCAGGACAACCAGGACAACCAGGAGAACCAGGAUCGCCAGGAGAGCCAGGACCAGAUGGACGUGCUGGACAUCCAGGACGUAACGGACCACCAGGACCACCAGGAGACAAUGGAGGUCAAGGAGAGCCAGGAAAGGACGGAGAAGAUGGAGAGAACGGAGCUGCUGGAGCCGCUGGACCAAAGGGAUCUUGCGAUCACUGCCCACCUCCACGCACUGCCCCAGGAUAUUAAUAGGUUUUUCAUAGUGUUAUUAGACGUUUUAAUAAAAAGUUUU